GGUACGUAAAUGUCAAUGUCAAAGGGGCUCGCAAAAUCGUGAUCGUGAUACGCGUUGUUGUUUUUUAUAAUAAAUUAAAUUGAUAGCGCUACGUAGUACUACAAAUAAGUGGAGGGCAAUUUAUUUGUUCGUUCCUCGCCAUCUCGUCAAUUGGCAACGAGAUAAUAGGCCGUAUCUUUCGUUUUAUCAGUGUUGAAAACAUCGCGCACGGAGAUGGUGGUUUCGCGUUGCUUUACGAUGAAGAGCCUCAAAAUGUUUUCAGUGCAAAGAAGGGGCAUGCAUUUGCUUAAAGAUAAAGCUUACAUUAACGGCGAGUGGGUUAAGGCAACCAGCAAUGCCGUUUACCCCGUUCAGAACCCAGCUGACGACAAUGUCAUUACCGAGUUACCUGAUAUGGACGCUGCAGAUGCUAAAACUGCUGUCGAUGCAGCUGCAAACACCUUCAAAACCUGGAGAGAUACAACAGCCAAGGAACGCUCUUACAUAUUGAGAAAAUGGUUCAACUUGUGUGAGAAACAUUCUGAUGAUUUAGCUGCAAUAAUAACUGCAGAGGCCGGAAAACCCCUAGCUGAAUCAAAAGGCGAAAUUGCGUAUGGAAACUCGUUUCUGGAAUGGUAUGCUGACUCAGCCCGCCACAUCAAUGGAGAAAUUGUUCCCAGUCCAUGGCCCAAUAAGCAAAUUCUCUUGACCCGACAACCUCUUGGAGUUGUGUCAGUGAUUACUCCUUGGAACUUUCCUUAUGCAAUGAUCACUCGCAAAGUUGGAGCUUUGAUGGCAGCCGGGUGCACCUGUGUCAUAAAGCCAUCAGAAGAUACACCAUUGUCUGCACUGGCUGCUGCGGAAUUGGCAGAGCAAGCUGGAGUUCCCAAAGGAGUCAUUAAUGUUAUUACUUCCAGUAGAAAAAAUGCCCCAGGUGUUGGUAAAGUUCUAUGUGAGGAUGAGAAUGUUGGUUGUAUCUCAUUUACAGGUUCAACUUUUGUUGGCAAAAUUUUAUAUGGCCAAGCGGCUAAAGGAAUUAAGAGAGUUGCUUUAGAAUUGGGAGGCAAUGCACCAUACAUAGUAUUCCCCAGUGCAGAUAUCGAACACGCUCUAGAUCAAGCUAUGUUGGCAAAAUUCAGAAACAACGGCCAAGCUUGUAUUGGUGCUAAUAGAUUUUUAAUUCAUGAAGCAGUUUAUGAUAAAUUUGUGGAAGGAUUUAAGAGCAGAAUUGGCAAGAAAUGUAUACUCGGUCCCGGAACCAAGGAAGGCGUGACUUGUGGUCCUCUUAUAAAUAAGGAACAAGCCAAAAAGGUGUCAGGAUUAGUAGAUGAUGCUGUUUCCAAAGGAGCAGAGGCACUGAUUGGUGGAAAAUUUGCAAAAGAACUUGGUGACAAGUUUUAUGAGUCUACCCUACUAGUCAAUGUAAAACCUGACAUGAAUAUUUAUAAUGAGGAGAUAUUUGGCCCUGUAGCCUCAUGUUUGAGGAUCAGCAGUGAGGAGGAAGCUUUAAAAAUUGCAAACAGCACUAGGAGUGGUCUGGCGGCAUAUGUAUUCACCAAAGACUUGGGUCAAGCAUUCAGAAUGUCCAGGCAGUUAGAAUUUGGAAUGGUGGCAAUAAAUGAUGGCAUUUUAUCUGCCGCAGAGCCAGCAUUUGGUGGGAUUAAAGAGUCUGGUAUUGGCAGGGAAGGCAGUUUACAUGGAGCUGAAGAAUACACAGACAUCAAGUACACUUUAAUGUCUGCUUUAGACAAGUGAAGUGUUGACUAUGCAACUUAUUUGGUUUUUAUUUAUUUCAAACAUAUUGCAUUUUUAAUUUCAAUUUGUUACCUUGUUUUAGUAAUUAAGUUUCAAAGUUCAAAGCAAUCUAAAAUUGAGUGUUGUUAAACUGAUGUGCAUUUAUUUGUUGCCAUAUGUAGGAAAUUUAUAGUAAUCUAAUUUGCUUAGUUACCAUGUAAUUGUUUGGUUUUGUUCCCAUCAUGGGAUAAUAUUAUAAUUAUUUAAAGCUAAUAAGGAUAAAUAAUUGUAAUCCAUUCCAGUCUUCCAGUUUCUUGUGAUUUAGGAUUAAAAGUGUUUGACUAUUAGAUAUAGCAAUUAAUUAUUCAGUGACAUAAUGAUAU